AUGGCGGAAAAGGAAAAUAAAGCGCAAUCUAUUACAGAUGCUGCGCGAAACAGUAACGAAGACAAAGGUAAAUAUACUAUCAAAUCUAACAGUAAUUGCAUGGUGUGCGUCUACGCAAUGAACCGUCAUCCCAAAUGGGGUGUUGACGUGGAAUGCUUCAACCCAGAGAGGUGGUUAAGCGAUGCAGCUCCGAGUGCGUUUGCUAGUUUCGGUGUAGGAAAACGAAAUUGUAUCGGAAAACUGUUUUCGCUGACAGCUAUGAAGAUUCUUCUUAUAAAUUUAAUGAAAGAAUAUGCUAUAUCUACAAAUGGUGUAAAGAUGGCAGUCAAGCAAAAACUAUUUCUAUCUUCCUAUAGUGGACAUCAUGUUAGUUUACAAAAACGAAGAUAA